CUUCAUAAUAAAUUUUCACUGAUCUUUUCCUUUCUUUCUUUCCCUUCUUUUGUUCUCCAAUGGGGCGGAUGACAAAUCUUAGAGACUUCAUCGGAAUCAUCAAAGACAAAGCUUCUCAAAGCAAAGCAGCUUUGCUUUCCAAUCCCAAAACCUUAUCCCUCCACCUAGCCUUACUAAGAGCCACGACCCACGACCCCUUCACCGCACCCGACCCAAGGCACUUGGCCGCUCUACUUUCCUUUGGCGAUAGCUCACGCGCCACCGCCUCCACCGCCAUCGGGGCCCUCAUGGAACGCCUCCAGACCACCCGUGAUGCCUCCGUUGCCAUCAAAUGUCUCAUCACUGUUCAUCACAUCAUUAAACGUGGCAGCUUUAUUCUUCAAGAUCAGCUUUCUGUUUACCCUCCCACUGGUGGCAGAAACUACCUUAAACUAUCGAAUUUCAGAGAUAAUUCGACACCAUUAACGUGGGAACUUUCCUCUUGGGUUAGAUGGUAUGCUUUAUACCUUGAAAAUCUGUUGUCAAAUUCAAGGGUUUUGGGGUUCUUUCUAUGUUCAACUUCAAGCAGCGUCGAUAAAGAUAAAGAAGAAGAGAAAGUAUCAUUACUUACAAAUAAUGAAUUGCUUAAAGAAAUCAAUUCUUUGGUGAAUUUGCUCGCACAGAUUUCGGAAAGGCCCAAUUCUUUACAUGCUAAUGGCAACAUAUUGAUGGAUGAGGUUCUAGGAUUGGUGGGUGAGGACUAUUUGUCAUCAAUCAACGAGGUUUCAAUCCGAAUCAGUGAGCUUAGGGACAGACUGAGUUGUUUGAGCUAUCUUGACUCGGUUGAGUUGGCGUGUGCGUUGAAGAGACUGGAAGAUUGUAAAGAGAGAUUGUUAUCAAUUGCGCAGAGGAAGAAAGUGUUGAUUGAGACUCUUUGGGGUUCAAUAAGUGAAAUAAAGGAACAAGUUGGGAACAUUAAAAUGCACGGAGAAGAAAGAAGGUUGUUGACUAUGGGGAGCAGCAACAAAGCUAGCAAGCAAGCUCGUUUUGGGGAGCGAGUUCUGAAGCAUGGUGACUCAGUUAAGUUCUCUUCAGGAAGGUUUCUAAGCUUCAAUAUUAACUCAUCUUUUCGAAGUUAUGAGUCGGUUGAAUCAUGUGCUUGAUGCAUGCCUGAUAAGGAUUGUUAAUUCUACAGUAGAGAACAAUUUGAGGUUGUAAUAAACCAACUUGAGAUUGUGAAAAAAAAAAAAAA